UCUCUUCGCAAGCAGGAGAAAAUCAAUGAGGGAUACACGACAGAUGCGAACGUUGCUGAAUGCAGUUUUGCGGAAUCAGCAACCACUGCCAUGGAAUAUCGCAUCAGACUGGUGGAGAAUGUCGUAAUGUUGAAUGAUGGAAAUGUAACAAUGGUAAGUAAAAGUUGGGGGAUGUUCCUUUAUAUCUCUUCAUGCCUGCCAAAAUUAUUGCCUGUUAAAGUUAUAAA